AUGUCAUCUGGACCUGUAGCCUGCGAUAAAUGCGGGGAUAAAGUUAAAGACGAGAAAUAUCUGCAACGCCAUGAAGAUGAGGUUCAUUGUUCAACUGCAGUUGUUCUACUGCCGGAUGGCACACACCUCAUUGUUCCUCGUGGCGCCAACAGGCGUUUUCAAUGCCCUCUCUGUUCCAUCACUCUGAAGACCGGCCGGACGCUCAACGGCCACAUUGAGAAAAGUUGCUCAGGCGUUACCCACAGUCAAAGGCCCCUGAAUCCUGCGCGUUCUCCUGGCAGCGAGGAUGAUGGUGAUGGUCUAUACCUACCGGGGGUCCGCAACUCACAGCCAAAGUCGCACAGGAAGAAAAAGAGUAGAAACCGUACAUCAGAUACAUAUCCUUCCGACAAACCGCAUCAGUACCACAAUCAAACCGAUUCUGCGGCAGCAACAAAUGACCAAGUACAUCAGCCUUCAUUGCGCCCCGCCGCUGUCGAGCUAAAUCAAGGCUCGAAGCUUUUUGCUUCCGGGUCUCGCCACGUUGAGCCUCAAACUCAAGCGGCCCCGUUGUCUGCUGUCGAUCCCGUCCUGCGUGCCUUCCUGGCGGCCUUGCGCUGUCCGUUGGGACAUCAUAUCGACGCAUUUCUCGGAUGUGGUAUUGAUUCAAUGAUGAAACUGGAUAUGUUGCCAGCUAUGCCAGACGAGCGUAAAAUCAUCGACGAGGAGCUCAAGAAGGAAGGUGUUACGGUGUUUGAAUUGUCAAUGCGGAGAAAUUGA